CUGAGAAUCAAGACAGUCACUCCAAAGAAAUUUCCAUUACAGCACAUGCGAAACUCAACUCUCGCCUUUCUUCUGUGAAGAUUGAGCUUUAACCAAACAUUGUUAUGUUUUUCACACUAUGUGCUGAACGCCCACAAUGCCAGAACAUAUUUAAAAAUUCUGAUCUUUGGAAGAGCGUUAUUGGUUCUAGUGGAACCUAUAGGACUUGCCAUAUUGUUUUACACAAAACAAAUACAAAAACAAAUGCUGCAGUAAGAGAAGAUCUUUGGGACCAGUGCAUCAUUGUCACUUCGUUACAAUGCCUGUGCAAGCCCCGCAAUGGACCGAAUUUCUAUUGUGUCCCAUCUGCACACAAACCUUCGAGGAGAGCCACCGCAAGCCCAUCAGCCUGGGCUGUGGCCACACCGUGUGCAAAAUGUGCCUGAACAAACUGCAUCGCAAAGCCUGCCCGUUCGAUCAGACCGCAAUCAAUACGGAUAUCGAGCAACUGCCCGUCAACACCGCCCUUCUACAGCUUGUUAGUGGACAGGUUUCCAGUCCUGAACCUGUUACCUUGCUGACAGCUGGAGAGGACAUCAAGCACUAUGAGGAGUCUCGCACAUGUGUGGAGGAUCUGGCCCUCUAUCUCAAACCCCUCAGCAAUAGCAGAGGUGCAGGGCUGAAUGGCGCCGCUCAGAGCGUGCUCAGCAGACCCAUGCAGAGGAAGCUGGUGACUCUAGUGCACUGCCAGCUGGUGGAGGAGGAGGGCCGGAUCAGGGCCAUGAGGGCAGCUCGAUCUCUGGGUGAACGCACGGUCACUGAACUCAUCCUGCAGCACCAAAAUCCCCAGCAGCUCUCCUCCAACCUGUGGGCCGCUGUCAGAGCCAGGGGCUGCCAAUUCCUUGGCCCUGCCAUGCAAGAAGAGGCAUUGAAACUAGUUCUGCUUGCUCUGGAAGAUGGUUCUGCCCUCUCACGGAAGGUUCUGGUCCUGUUUGUGGUCCAAAGACUUGAACCCCGUUUCCCCCAGGCCUCUAAAACCAGCAUUGGACACGUGGUUCAGCUCUUGUACAGGGCUUCCUGCUUCAAGGUCACCAAGCGUGACGAGGAUUCCUCCUUGAUGCAAUUAAAGGAAGAGUUUCGCACAUAUGAGGCUCUUCGGAGAGAACAUGACUCUCAGAUCGUUCAGAUUGCUAUGGAGGGUGGACUGAGGAUUGCCCCUGACCAGUGGUCCUCUCUGUUGUAUGGGGACCAGUCCCACAAAUCCCACAUGCAGUCCAUUAUAGACAAGUUGCAGACACCAGCAUCAUUUGCUCAGAGCGUACAGGAACUCACCAUUGCCCUGCAGAGAACUGGAGAUCCAGCCAAUCUCAACCGCCUCAGACCCCAUCUGGAACUGCUGGCCGACAUUGACCCCAGCCCAGAUGCCCCUGCACCCACAUGGGAGCAGCUAGCCAAAGGGUUGGAAGCAGUGCGGACGGUGGUGCACGGCCUGGUGGAUUUCAUCCAGAACCACAGCAAGAAGGGAAGUGAUCAGCAGCAGCCACCCCAGCACAGCAAAUACAAGACCUACAUGUGCCGGGACAUGAAACAGAAAGGAGGCUGCCCUCGUGGAGCAAGUUGCACAUUUGCCCACUCUCAGGAAGAACUGGAAAAGUACCGUAAGAUGAACAAACGUUUGGGAAUGCAUCGUCAACUCAGCCAGUCCCUGACCCAGCUGAAUGAGAUGGACCUUGGCGCAGGUCUGUUGCCUGAGGAAAUCCUGUCCAUGGAGGGACUGCCAUGCAAGCCGACCUCCAUCACAAACGGCUUCCUACCAGCAGGCCCUGGAUCUACUCUUGCCCACCUGGUUUCAAGAGGCUCAGAUCCAUCUUACGACCCAUUCCACAAGCUAGGGAAAAUGGACUCUGGGAGCCUUAGUGCCCCCAGCUCACCUCCAGACUCAUUGGACUCGGUCCCAAAACCAGGGAGGCCCAUGAACCCCCACUCUAGGAUGGCAGGUGAUGGUGUAGUUGGACAGAAGCACAUGUCUGUUCCCCACAUGUAUCCACCACACCAGCCUGACCAUUAUUAUCCUGAGACAAGAGCGCCACCCCCUUCCACCCAAUAUGAGUCCUCUCAGUAUGCUGCAGGUAAUCCUUACCCCCACCACCACGGCCACUCACGCUACGGCCGCCACCCUGCUCCACCUUCAGAACCAGGCAUGGCACCAUAUCAGGACUCUUACCCCAGCUCCUAUGCCUCAGAGCGCCAGUACUCCAACCCAUCCUCCAGCUCCCAUUAUGGAUACCCUUCACACCAUGAUGACCGCCGCCACCCUGCUUACUCAGGCCACUCCCAUUCCCAAGCUUUUCCCCCACGUGAAGAGAUGGUAAGGAGGAGUCCAGCACCUCUGGACGUCCCUCCACCCCUCCAGCCCCAAAGCACCGCUUCACCAUACCUUCCAGAAUCAGCUCAGGAGAGAUACGACACAGAGAAUUAUAACCACUCUAGUCAGAUCAGGAAUUACCACAGGAAUGCCUACACUCGAGCACAAUCCUCCCUAGACUACCUGCACCGUCGUAGACAGGAGAUCAUGGCCCAGCUGGAGGAGAGAACGGCCGUCUCACAUCCAUCCUUCCGCUCCUCAUCAUCCCUCUCACACACCUACGACCCCAGCUACCCUCAGGACAUGAGAGGACAAAGCCAUUACAUGGAGAAGAACUCCCACGGUUUUGGACAUUUCCGGGAGUCAGACUACACUUCCUCAUAUUCGCCUUGGUCAUGUGACACCUUUGGUUCCUACAUUGGCAGCAAGGAUAUGAAGUCCAAAGAGGGCAUGAACGUCAUGGAACAGAAUGCGGACAAAGGCAAAGGUCUGAGAGCACACGGCUUGGAGCUUCAACGCAGAGAUGUCAAAGACGAUGACCCCAUCAUUCCCUUUGGCUCCCUGCCGACCGUGUCUCGCUUUGGAGUCAUCUCACGCACAUCUAAACCGGGCUACCCGCCAAACAGUCCAAUGCCUCCCUUGCCAAACUCUGCCAAACAUACUGCGUCUGCUGCUGACUACACCUAUGGGAACCACAGUGGGUGGAGUUGUGAAUCCUACCAGCAGCACCAAACAUCCCAGGGACACUUCAGUGAACGUUUGUCCCCUGCAGUGCAGGCACGGGAACAACUGAGGAUGGAGCUCCAACAGGUCAACCAACAGAUCAGCCAACAGAGCCAUGGCCUGGAGAACUCGAGCUCUGUGAUUCCUCAGCCGUCUCGAGUGGACUGGUCCUCUCGGAGUUUGUCCAGCGAACAGCUGAGUCUUGAACUGGACAAGGUAGAGCGAGAGAUCGGCAUGAGGACACAGGAGAUGGCCAUGGAGAACCACGAUGGCAAGUACAAGCUGGUCUCAGUCGAGAACGGCCAAGACAAACAUGCUCUGCAAAGAGAUGAGCAUCCACCGACUCGCAGUGAGGGCUCAAAUGGCUCCAUCAUUUUGCCACAUGACUGUGGUCUCAUCAGCAGCAGUAUGUCCUCAUUGACCAGCAAGACGUCCUCUCUCAGUUUAUCCUCGGAACAGGUGGCCAGCAGCCCUGAUCUACCCAAGAAUGGAGUCGUCCACUCUUAGUCGACUCUUUCUACCUCAACCCUUUCCUUUCCACUAACACCACCCCACUCUGUGGAGCUCUGGGCACCCAUUUGGCUCCUCUAUCCCAGGUUCACUUCUCGGGGUACUCUCUGGAACGGGGUACUCUCAUCACCCUCCAAGCUUUGGUUGUGUAACACGCCACUCAUUUGCUUAAUUCUGUUUAAUUUGUACUUGAGCGCUGUUAUGUUAAAUAGAUAAGGGUUAGAUGACCAUUUAACACCUGGCAGGCAAAUAUGGAUGGAGUCUAUGUACCUAAACACAUUUGCACAAUCUUGCCCUGUCUUUACAGCAGUAUCUGCUGUUAAGUAUUUUCAUGCUCUGUGACUUACCUUUUUCCUGAGACAAGCCUUUUUCCAUUGCCUUGUAAACCAGGAUUAAUAAGAAAUAUCCUCGGUCUUAAGUGUUUAUCAGGCAACAUAAACAGUAAUUCGACAGUAAUAAUGUUGUUUAAAUGAUCAUUAGGGAAGUCUACUAUCUUGGUUUUUAUCAUAUGCACUACGUUUUUGGUAGUUGCUCUAUUGCUUAGCUAGCUUGAUGUCACGUUUACACUUAUUUUGUCAUAGUUUACAGUGUUUAUAUCAAUAUAAGAAUUUUUUUUUUAUAGUAACUGACCUGCAAUAACUAACCUAUAGUAAUUAAUCCAACAGUGUCCUAACCAGGCACAAGUUUCCAGUGACAAGCAAUUGUCUGUUAAGUCCCAAGUAUACUUUGUUUUGCAUCUGGUGCACAACGCAAAUUUCGGCAUCAGCACAGUGCAUGUCAACUAUACUAAAAAAGUAUCACAAAGCAGUCGAAGUGCACAUGCGUCGAAUGCAAGGCUGUGCGCACACGGAAAAAUUAACUAUAUACAAUUAUGUGUGCGACACAGUCACAGCUAAUCAGAAUAUAGUUCAUGUUUAAUGCGCAGUUAUGUGGAGCAAGAUUUUGGUCCAAUGAGAUUUCACAGUGGGUGGAGCUACCUUGUGAAACACUAGAAAUACAAACCAUGAAAUCGACAAAAAACUCAAACAAAAACCUUUUAUAGUUUGUCUCUUUAUCGUGUUGUGCCUGGCUAGGGUACGGUCUUAAAUUUACAUCAUGUGAUUAGUUAUAUCAUCACAGGAGUCAAAACCCUCUCAUCGUGUUUUAGGCUUCAUUCGUCAACUUUACCAACCUAUUUACUGUGUGAUGUAAAUGCACAUUGUUAUACUUGAUAGUAAUGCUUGUAAACCCAAGUGCUCGCUAAAUUAACCUUAAUUCCGCUCAUGCACACAACCCAAAAGCCUUUUUCUGAUCUUAAUAGGGCCCUUUUUUUGUUUUCAGUUUAUUACACUGUUCUCUCAGCUGCAUGGGUCUUCAAUUGAACUCUAUGGAGAAUCAUUGCAAUUGUUCUCAGGGAUACAUUAUUUGGCCUCCUUUUUUUUUAUUUUGGACCUCUAUCUAGGUCACUCUUUCUGUGCAUGGCUUAAGUAUAAAGAGAGAUAUGGAUGUGGAGUCUGUAAUUGGUUGGGAGGAAAUCAGAAAUACAUUUUGGUUAAAGGGUUUGCCACCAUAUGUACCCCUCUUGUGGGUCUAGUUCAAUUUUUCAUCCUGAGGAUAAGAGAAAGCCAAUACAACAACACAAACACAUUCUGUUUUAAGAAUGCUGAUGUAAAAGAUCAAACUUCGCUUCCAUUUGUUAGUCAAAAACUAACAAAAAUUCCAUAAUCCGGAAGCCUGAGCCUUUCUUGGUAGUAGUUUGCACAUUUCUCAUGCACUGGUUACCUUUCUUAAAGGUAACCAGUUUCAGAACGAUGUGGCAUAUUGAUAUUCAUCCCAAAAAGAAAGACUUUAACACUCUUGAAACCACCACAAGACUCCUCUAUUACCAUUUAUCUUUAACUUCUUUGAAGUUAAAAGAACAUGUUGUUUUAUUGGUUAGGUUUGAUUGAAUCACAUGCAGUAUGAGCGACCAGUUCUCCUCACUUUCAUUCAUAUACCGGCUGUGGAGGGAGAAUCCUGGUUGGAUUAUUUCACUUUACAUUGCAGUCUUGUGAACUGUCAAAUGUCUUUGAGAUAAAGGACAUGAUGUUUGACUGUUUGGUUUGGAAAUAGUUGGACCUCUUGUCUUCAAAAGGGCCAAACCACCAAGCAAAAUCUGAUUAAGCAGAAUAUUUCCCCACUAGUAUAUUUGGGUUUUGUUUUGCGGCAACAAAAACAAAAAUGGAUUAUGUUCUUUACAUCAAUGCCAGUGCGUUCUGUACUCCACCACCAGCCAGUUCUUCAUAUGCCUUUUCAUAACGGAUGAGCUUUCUGAAGUUACUCCAGUUUAUUUACUUAAGUUUUCCCAAGGCAAGGUUAUUUACUUAAGUUUUUUUUUUACUUGUGUGCAUGGACAGAAAAAUAUAUAGGUUAUACUUGGUGUGCUGUUGGGUUGAAAAUAUUCAUAGUUAAAAAAUAAUGUUGCUUAAUGAUAAAGUUGAACACAACCCCACAGCUGUUAUACUUUGUUCAUCAAGCAUUUUUCAAGAAUUAAAUAUACAAUUACCUGUAAGGUGAAAAAUCAGGUUGGAAGUAUUAUGAACAUCACUUGUUUGGUUAAAAUGAGUGUAAACAAAAUAUACAGUGCAUAUAGAAAAUCAUCAUACCCUUUGGAAUAGACCCUUUUUUUUGUCUGACAGCCGGAAAUGAAAACCCAUAUAAAAAAUCCAGCUUUAUUUACAAAUUUCCCUUUUUUACAACAUUCAAGUAAUAAAAAAAAAUAAUAUUGCAACAGUUCCAAACAUGUAUAAAAGAUCAAACAAAACUAGAAUAACAGGGUUUGAAAAGUGAUCAUACCCCUGGAUUAAGUCCUUCGUAGAGCUACCUUUUGCUUUAAUGACGUCCGUCUGUUUGGAUAUGCCUCUACUAGCUUCGCACACCUAUUCCCCAUUCUUCCUUGCAGGAUGGUUCGAGUUCAGUCAGAUUGCGAGGUGAGCAGCAAUUAACUUUUCUCUUCAGGUCCAUCCAUGGGUUUUCUAUUUGAUUUAGGUCAAGACUGUGACUUAAGGACUUUGACCUUCCUAUCCUUAUGCCACUGCAUUGUUUUUUGGCGUCUGUUUAGGGUCAUCGUCGUGUUGAAUGUUGAACAAUAUGCCCAUCUUUAGUUGUCGAGUAGAGGGCCACAGACUUUCCUCAAGAAUUUGGUUGUACAUGGCAGCAGUCCAAUGCCGCUUCCCUUGCAAUUUGACUUGACUCGAACCAUUCUGGAAGGAAGAACGGGCAAAUAUUCCCCAAUCUAGGUGUACGAGUCUAGUAGAGACAUGCCCAAACAGACUGAUGUCAUUAAAGCAAAAGGUAGCUCUACGAAGGACUUAAUCCAGGGGUAUGAUCACUUUUCAAACCCUGUUAUUCUAGUUUUUCAUUUUUAAUACAUUGUUGGCAACAUUUUUAUUUAAAGCUGGAAGAACAGGAACAAACAAAGACAUGAAAAGUGACUAUUUCAAAGGCGCAUGAUGAUUUUUGUGUUUGGACUGUAUUUAAUAGAUUAACAUGCAAAGGGUAGGAAAUGUUUAGAAAUGUGUGAAUGGCAUCCCUAAAUACUACUGAAUUUUCUGCGGGCACAGAUUUCCUGUGGGCCUGGGUAUGCAAUAGCAUUAAAACACGACUGUUAAUUCGUCAUAUUUCCAUCAGCAAAGCGAUCUGUGAUCAGUUAUGCAGAAAGUUGAGAAGACAAACUAUUAGCGCUUUAAAUCUCAAACGUACAUUCUUCUAUGUAGAUUACUUCCCUAGUGGUGAGAUCUCAUCACUUGAUACAAAACACUGUCAAAUUGUUGAAUAGGGUUUUUCUUUUCUUUCUGCUACCAUAAAAUGGUCUCUUUGAGACAUCCUACAGCCUGCAUAAAAGCACCUAUUUUGGUGGAACUUCUCUUAAGUUGGAGUUGAUUGAUUAUUGUUUUUAUUUUCGUUGUUUUGUUAUCUUUUGAUAUGGUUUUACUAUGGCUUUGGUCUGAGCUUUUGACAUUUAAGCAAUCGUCAAGAUUGGAUAUUACAAUUUAGUUUUGAUAACAAUUGUUGAACUGUGAUUCACAGUGUAGACUUUAAGAAUAGGAUGAAUUUACACAUAAUUUGUUCGAUAGAAAUGGAGAAAGGCAGAAGCUUUGUUGGUUUGGAGCCAAUCAACUGGUCAUGGAUGAGUAACUUGUUCUCGUUUGAUAUCAUCCACGUUUCAGCAAUUCUCUUCAUCCUGUAUUUUAUUUUAAAAACGAAACCUCUGUCUUUAUCUCAGGGUUGAUUUUCAAGAUAUUUGGGUUUAAACGUCUUUGCCCUGUUGCGCACGCUUUUAUCAGGACUACGAUUUUUGCUCAACCACAGGUUCAACACUUGAAGACUGUGCCUUUUAUACAGAUCUGCAAAUAUGAUUGUAUAUGUAGCCAAAACAUCUUUAUUUAUAAUAAUCAAAUCUUCUCAGUCUUCUAAGUCAGCAUUUAUAUUAAAUGAUCUCUUCAAAUCUGCAGGCUUUCAGGCCGCCAACUGAGUACUGCCUAUCCUUUCGGAGAUAAAGGAAUUUAUUGCCAGGUCAUUAGUUUUUUUUUAAAGUUUUUUUUUUAGUCACUUUGUGUAUCUUCAUGCAAGUGAACUUGAGUAUUUAAGAGUGUUUCAUGGUGUGAUGGUGAUUGGUCCAUCUUCUUUGUAUGUUAAGGUUUGAAAUGGAUCAGGAAAACAAGGACAGUCUGUUUAUGCAGUAUGUGUAUGUUGUCAUAGUUUGUGGUGUUUUUAUUGAGAGAGGGAGUAUCAUGGCUUAUGAAGGUUUACCAUUUUCAUAUAAGCCAUUAAUACAAUCCUAGACAGUUCCUUUGUAUUGAAGCAAGACUGUUUUUUGAUGUUUCCUUGAAUGAAACACUGAUAUCAACCAUUCUCUCAAAGAAAGCCUUUAUUUACUGUGGUGUUGAAAUUAUGUAUUUUAUGUCAGCCAUUUGAAAAUGUAUAAAUGUUUUAACCUAUUGUUGCAAAGCAACAUUUACAUGAUCUCCCCAUGAGCCAAUGGGGAUCACCUUCGAUUUAAAAGGGAACCAAAAUGUUUACCAAAAUGGGUGAAUCAUGCAAAACUUGUCAAGAUGAUGUCUGGGAUAUAUAAAUAUAUAAAAAAUGAAGCACAUUUUUAUUAUCAGACAUUUUUUUUGCAUUCCAAAUUUUUUUUUCAUGACAAUGAUGCGAAUGCCCCCUACCCCCACCAUUACUGUAAAGAGAAAAUCUCAUUCUUAUUACUGUAACGCAAAACAUUUAUUCAACUCAUCGUAAAACAAAAAAAGGAAUUCUCAUUACCGUAAUGCAAAAAUCUCAUUGUCAUUACCAUUCUUAUUACUGUAUGGUAAAAUAGUACUGUAUUCUGGUAACAAGAAUAAAAUGUCAUAUUACAGUCAUUAGAAUUGGAAGACAAUGUGCUUAAUAAUGCAAAAACUCUUAAUGAUCCAAAAAUAGGCUUCAUUUUCUUUUAUGCAAAACAUAACUGGGGGGUGGGAGGGAGAAUAUGAUCUGGACAUUUCUUUGUGGGAUUCACCCACCCAGUGCUGACUUUUAAAAAAAAAACAACAAAAAAAAACAACUUGUGUCUUAUUUAUGAUCGGUGUCCAAUGAAAAGAUUCAUUUUAGUUUAAAAAGUUAGUGAUUAUUGAAUGCGUUCAGGGUUUGUUUUAAAAUGAGAAUGUAGUGCUAACUAGUGUAAAAUGUUGUAAACCUGCAAAGAUUUAUAUGAGGAAAUAGGACUGGUUAAAAUUGAAUUUUGACACUUUUAGUGCCUGAAACACCCGAAACUGCAAUAUGUUUUCCCACACUGAUAAAUGAUUACUGGUACAUAUUGUUCCCUGGUCUUGAGGGGAAAGUAUACAUUGCACACACAUGCGUAGGAGGGAAUUUCAGUAGUAAAUUGAGAAGCUGCGAUGUUACUUGGAAAACAUAAGGGUUGUGCACACAAAUACAGGCUUUAGUGUUUUAGCUUAUAGCUGUAGGACGUAGUUUUGAAAUGAAUGAUUGUGUGUGUGUGUUCUGGUGUGUCCAAACGGAGUGCUGUCCACCUCAUUUCUGUCUGUUUGUUCCAACAUACUUAUUGCUUGCACUCAUGUAUUGACCUUUUUGUGAGAUGGGGUGUUGCGUUGUGGUCUUUUUUUUUUUUUAUUCUUUUUUUUUUACCAUGAUUCCUUUCCUAACAUUGGGAAAUAUGAUUGCUUUUGAUGAUUUAUCCCAUGUUAUCUCAUGAUAGACUGCUUAAAUUAAGGUACACUUUAACUUCAAUAUGAAUACAAAAAUAAAUGUUUGUAUAUUAUACUCCAUUAAGGAAUGUUUAGAAUUAUAUUUCUCCAAUGUGGAUGUAGUUGUAAUACCUUUUUUUUUUUUUUUUCUUUGUACAAGAAUUCACUGUGUGAAAGUUUGGAUUGCAUUUUUGUAUAAUACAGUUGCUUUUCUUAUUUGAGAGGGCAAGUGGGUAUUACUAACUGGAUUUUUGAAUUAGAUAUUGAAACACUUGAAAUUAUUUAAUAAGAAAUGUAUUUUAUGUGCAACAGUGAUUCUGGCAUGAAUUAUGAAUAAAUGAUAUUGU